UUAAGUGAUAUAAAGGUUGGGCUUUGAAGCAGAUUGUUCCUUACCUGUAGUUAUACUUGGAUAAUCUUGUAUAACUAUACAAUCUUGUAUAACUAUAUCCCUUUUAUUCUGACAUUACAUUGAGCAGUGUACAAUGUUAUUGUGUAUUGCCAGCCACUGCUUCAUUUUUUGCGACUUACCUCUUGGAGCCUGAGGCACAGUAAAAAUAAUCUGGCAUUUAUUAAACCAUCUGAUGCUAAACUUUUCAACUGCACACCAAUGCCUCCCCAUAUCCCCUGUUACAGACCUGUGCUGCAGCCCCUUCUCCACAUAUCUCUGUAGCUACUUGAGACCUUGUGGUUAUAUGUAUCACCUAUAAAAACAGGUCUGUAACAGGUGUCCUUAGGAAGGUGGGGGGGGGGGGCAUGUUCCUGAUUAAUGUGAAAAGUGUCACUAUGUCAUGCUAACUAUAUCUGGUUGAUCAUUUUUUUCCAAAAAAUUGGCCUGCUUGGCAUUAUGAAUAUUAUUUUAUCAAGCAAAGCAAUAAAAGCAACACACUUUAAUAUUACCCAGUCCUUAUGCCAUUCUUUUCCCCCAACUUACCCAUUCUUUCAAAUGUGUUGACACUAGAGUGUAAUUAACCCAGAACCAAUUAAGUCAAUGAGAGUAAUAUACUAAAUGGUUUUAAGUUUGCUACUUGCAUAGUAACCCAUAGCAACCAAUCAGCAGGUUGUACUUAUUGGUCCGCUCUUAUACAACAAACAUCUGUUUGGUUGCUAUGGGUUGCUAGAUGUGGGCAAUGUUAAGAUUUGAUUACAUUACCACAAUCAUUUGCUGUUUUCUUCAAGUCUAUAGCUUAAGUUAACCUCUAGUUAUUUUAUUUCUUGGACUUCUUAAACCUUCCCACUUGUUUCCAUGGUUACUGUUUCCAAGUUGGCUGGUUUUUGAUGGUUGCCAUGGUAACCAUCCUUGAGAAAUCUGUAGUGUCUCAGCCACAUUUUCUUUUCAUCAAUGAUUUAAAUGCCGGGUUUGUAAUGAGGAGUGGUGUCACCGUGUCAUAUUGUGAAAUUCAUGAUCCAGGUUCCGACAUUGUGUAUGCGCUGGGGUAGCUCCCUCCUUAGCAUUCUACCCCCUAAAUACAUUUGUUAGCCUCUAUGCAAAUCUCACUAAUCCCUUAUUACACAACCUUGAACCAUCCAGUAUGUGAUGUGGAGUUCCAGAUUCCCCGUGCCUGUAAUUCCCUAUAGUAGCAUCCUUCUUUUCAGUAGCAGAUUGCUAACCCUAUGCAUGUUGCUUUUUCUGCACCGUUCUGUCCUGGCAAUUGUUUACAGGUUAUGACGACUAAUCCCAAACCAAACAAGGCAUUAAAGGUCAAGAAGGAGGCGGCAGAAAACGCCCCAGUAUUAAGCGAUGAUGAGCUUGUGUCAAUGUCUGUGCGGGAGCUAAACCAGCACCUCCGAGGUCUCACCAAAGAAGAAAUCAUCCGCCUAAAGCAGCGCAGGCGUACACUCAAAAACAGAGGCUACGCCGCCAGCUGCAGAGUUAAGCGGGUCACCCAGAAAGAGGAGCUGGAGAAGCAACGCAUAGAGUUGCAACAAGAAGUAGACAAGCUGGCUCGGGAAAAUUCCAGCAUGAAACUAGAGCUGGAUGCUCUGCGCUCCAAAUACGAAGCUCUCCAGACGUUCGCUCGCACAGUUGCCAGGGGUCCCAUAACCCCGACUAAGGUGGCCACCACCAGUGUAAUUACCAUUGUAAAAUCAGCCGACAUUUCUUCGGCGUCCAUACCUUUUUCUGCAGCAUCCUAGUGCUCGUGAAAGGAGAGAACUAGCAGCCUGUUCUAAAAGGGACAUUAUGGGAUUCACCUUCAUUUUUUCUCAGUUCCUUUCCUUCCUGUCCAAAUGUUAGCUAUUGCCUUUUAUUCCAUUGCCAUGCCAAUGUGAAAUAUAGAGGCAAGAAGCAUGACCAGAGCUCCGUGGCCCUGUUGUGAUUGCACCUGGGAAUUUGGCACUCUUCACUGGAUAAGCUCCAUUUAAUUAAUAGGAAACAUUCUAGAAGUGAGUUACUUGGACCCAUCAUAAUUUAAUUUACAGUUAUGUUUCUAUAGGAAAUAACUAAGGCAGCAGAAAAAAAUCCUAAUAAUCAUAUUGCCUUCUAUUGCAGAACAAGGCUAACAGUAAGAAUGAGAAAUGUGUGCAGAAGUGGAUUGAACUUGUUACUUGUGUUUGGCUUUUGCUUUACCGCUGGUAUUUUGGCUAAAGAACCAGAUCACUGCGACACUUUGCAUUGGUUUCCUUUUGCCUUCUCAGAAUUAGGCAUUUUCCCAUAUUCUCCAUACCCAAAGCCAUUCUGUUGCAUAUAUCUUGAGCCUACCCACUGUCAAGUGUGUUGCUAUAGCCGUGUCUGAAAUACAGCAUUUCAAGUGAUUAACUCAGGAUUUCUUUACUGACAGUGCUCCAGUUCUUUUUUCACCCAAGUCUGAUUCUUUAAAUCAGGGCUCCCCAACCUUUUUUUUAGCCAUAAGCAACAUUUAAAUAUAUUACAAACUUGGGGAGCAAUGCCAGCAUGAAAAACGUUCCUAGUGGGUGACCAGUAAGAUCUGUCAUUGGUUAUUUGGUAACCCAAUGUUGACUUACAGACUACAGGGGGCUCUGUUUGGCAGUACACAUGGUCUUUAUGCCUCCAAAACUUGCUUCCAAGUGAGAAAAAAUAGGCACCUACUUUGAGGCCACUAGGAGCGACAUCAAAGGUGUUAGUUAGCAACAUGUUGCUCUGAGCCUCUGUUUGGGGAUAACUGCUUUAAACCAUUACAUGCCUGUUUUAAUUUGUAGUUUUUGAGGCCCAGUGUGGUAUAGGGGUGUUUGGCAUUUAGACCAGGGAAGUGUUUGAAGGCCGAAUGCAUGAUGCUGCCCACAUUCCAGGUAACCAACUUAUUGGCCUAAAGAUUAACUUUAUGACUCAACUUUAUGAAUUCAAAUGCAGUGUUGUAGCUGCCAUUAGUGUAAGUUUGUAACCACAUAAAACAAAGCAUAGCUAAAUUUGGAAUUAGUUAAUAUACUCUAUAUAUUCUGGGCAACAAAGGAAGUAAGCAAAAUGUUUUAUUGGACUAGAAGGUAAGGAUAAGUUACUGCAUCAAAGUAUUCUAAUGUAGUGUUAUGAGAUUGUGCAAAGGAAAGUCGUUUUGUUUGUGUUUUAGUAUGUGUGCCUACUUUUUCUAAUAUGGUGGUUGCAGUAAGGUUUCAGAAAGACAAAGUAUUUUGUGGCAUAGAUGUGGUUUCAUGUUUUGAAAACAAGUUGAGUAUGAGUUUAAGAAUGAAACAAAAUGUUUUAGUAGGCAUUUAAGAAGGUAGAAGUAUUUAAUUUUUAUAGAAAAUACAUGGUUGUAUGCUUGUAAAGGGCUAUGGCACACAGUGCCCUGUGUGCCAAAAGCCAUAUGCUCAAGACCUACCAUAUAUAUAGCAGGUUAUAUUCCAUUAUAAUUAGCCCAUCAUUAAAAAAAAUAUCUGUUGUCUUCUACAGACAAAAGUCCAUUUUUAUAAAGUUCUCCUGAUUAUUGUGUUGGUUAAGGAUAUGCUUGCUCUGUUAAGAUUGUAUCUGGUUACUGAGAAUCAGGCCUCCAAUCACACGGUGCAGCCGGCAGCUGCAGGUAAGGCUUGGUAAUAACUGCUUAGCUAUUGUCUGGUCGGACACCCAACUGCUUGGCAUUGGGUUGGCUAUUUCCCUGUAUUCCUAAAGGGCUAACUGACUAUUACAGAUCCGAAAAUUUUUAUUGUUGCUUUAAUGGCCCUAAAAAUAUUACGAGCAAAAUCUAGAGACAUGCAAACGAGACGCUGUACUGUAUUUUUUCCUUCAAAGUUUUUUGUAGUACUUUUUGGGGUCCUGUGUGUGUGUGUGUGUGUGUGUGUGUGCGUGUGUGUGCAUUUGUAAAAUUUCUAUGAUGUACUGUGGAAAGUGUGUAAGAACAGCUCUCCUUUGUAUGGCUUUUCUACAAAACCAAAGAGGUUUUUUGUGAGGAUAUAAAGGGCUACUGAACAAAGACUAAACCUGAAAAUGUCUACGAUCCCAUGAGUUUAUGGUCAAGCUUGUCAUUACUAUAUCAUUAGCAAACCACCUGUCCAUCUGGAGCUGAGGCUUUAGACUUGAGUUCUGCGUUGGUUGGAAUGGCAGAAAUACAAGAAACAGUCGACCACCCUUGACAUUGCUAAAUUAAGAUAAUAACCUUUAACCUAUAUAUUGGUUUGUAUUUAUAAAUGCAUAAUAAAUGGGGUUGUUGAAGAGGAUGGAAUUUCAGAUGCUGAUUAACUGCCCAAUGCUGAAGGUGGCAUAUGGCCUUCUCAGUUCUUCAGCAUCUUGUCCAUCUCAAGUUUUAAAACCCUGACACAGAAAUUAAACUCAAAUAUUUGCUAAAGGAAAAAAAGUAGUUAGUUAUGUGCAGUUUUGGUUCUGAAGAUUGCUUGGCCCAGAAACCAAACCAGUCAAAUUCCUUGGGAAACACAACAAGGCCUCUCUGACCUGUAGAAUGUGAUAGCCUGAGGGCACCUAUGGAACUAGAUUGCCAUUCUAAUGUCUUUGAAAGUGCCACAUAUUCAACUAAAUGAUCUCCUUCAUCCGAACCCAGAGAACUGGACUUGUACUCUAUAAGGCAGGAUGAGGGGCAAACAAGCAAAGCAUUCUUAACCAGUUUACGUUGGCUCCAUAUGCAUUAAAGUAGUUCAGAGAUUUACGUGUAGCUCCAUGUUGCUGCAUGCUCCUUUCAAACUUUUUUGGUUUUUCCUCUCCCUUUUUUAAUUUGACUUGUGCCAAAAUAUUUGGCUAUCAAAGAGCUAAGCCCUAAACGAUCCCUUCCCUUAUUUUCUAGUGGGGGUAAUUUAAAGAAACAGGAACAAAAGGGAGAACAGGAACCUGGGCGUGAUUAAUGCUGAUGAUACCAUAGAAAUGGUAGGUAAUCCAUAUUGGAUAUCAAUAAGGAACAUAUGGAAAUAUUUAAAGAGAUUUAAGAAGAAAAGUUUUAUCUAACAGAGUUUUUGUUUUGUUUUUAUUUUUUUUCUGGGGGGGGGGGAGGUAACAUUUUACAAGUUUAUGAUUGCAGUUCUUUCUGAAAGAUGAUGCAAACAAAUGGGUUACUGUGAAGAUAUUUGGGGUGUUGGAGGAAUUUACCCUCCAUCUUGAUCUCUAUAGGCCAGCCAGUUUUAACUUCAGAUUUCUGAGACCCUCAGAGGAAAAAAAAGAAGCUUCACCCUUACCCUCCUGUGGCCAAGGAACCUGUCAAAUACAUGCUGCAGGGCUUUGUACCACACAAGGGAUUUAGAUUCUUGUACCAAUUUUCUGAUUUUCCUUUUUUUUUUGUUACUGUAGAACAGUGUGUAUUUAAUCUGAAAUUAAUAUUUUAUAUGUAAUUGUAUUUUAAAGACUUAUGAUCAUUUGUAUUUUUUAUGUUUAUGACCAGAAAUUGAAAUCUUCCUCUGUGCUCUUAUUUAAUGUCUUUAUGUGUAAGAAUGCUGCUCCACGCAUCUAAUUUUAGAGAUGGCAAAAAAAUCUGAUUUUUUUUUCGUUGUUAUUGAUUAUGGAUUAAGUUAUUAAUCCUGUUUUGUAUGUCAUUUUAAUAGUUGUUUUAUGAUGCAGUAAUGCUUUAAAAUGAGUAUGUAUGGAAGGGCAUUUUUUUUAAUAUAACAAAUGUAUGUAGACUUUUUUUUUUUUUCUGCACCAAGACCUAGGGGUGGGGUUGUAUGUGCAAUGAAAGUGGCAUAAACACGUUCAGUCACACCGUUAGGUGGUCUGCACAGUCGGAAGCCCCUCUGAAAUAUUCUGGCAAAUCCACCACAUAGGUAUAGGGAAUUAUUGCACACAAUGAGGGGAAGGUUCAUUUAAAGUUAUAUUGAAUAUUCACAAAUUCCUGAUGUUAAUUAUGAAACUAUCAACCAUUUUGGAGAAAUGUCAUCUUCAUUAUGAGUUGCAUUCAUGCAGGACCUUUGCAGUAAUGACAUUUUGGAGUUUCAGCUCCUGAACCCAAUGAAAACAUAUUUAAGAAACAGUUAUUUAUACGUUGGCUGGAAGGUUUAUCCUCCAGCCUGGGAUAUCAUCAGUAAAGAAAACUUCCCCAGCCCCUCACCAUGCAGUCCCUGCCACGUCUCUUGAUUAAAAUGGCUUAAUAUGUAUAACAGAAGAGUUAUAAAGAGCACUUUGAUAGAAUAAGCCAAUACACAGUUCACAGUGAAUAAGCUAGCUGCUGGUAAGAUUGACUAUAGAUUUAAGAGUUUUCUAAACUACAGUAUGUAUCUAUAUCUUAUGCUUCAGGCUGCAUUUAUAAAAACUUUUUCUCUCACAAAGUAUUUUAAAGGCAAGAAAACAGUUUUAAAUCAUUACUGCUGUUUAGUUUAUAUGUAAACCAGCUCUGAUAGUUGUGAAAGGGGUUCACAAAGACAAGCCAUGACAAACAUGGUAUACUUGAAGUCACCAUUCCAAGUAGCAAUGCAGGCUGAUAUACGUGGGACUAGUGGGUUUACCCAUUGGUUGGUAGAUUUUAAGGCAUCUACCUAGGCUUCAUGGGGUGGUGGUCACAAUGGACCAGUGCAGCAUACAGAAACAUUUGGCUGUUUGCUGCAGCUGAUUUCCCUGUCCCACCUGGCAGUUGUUGUGCAGAGCCCACCUAUCUCUGAUGUUACUGUUGAGGGUGGGUCAGGCUGAGGAAGUUAAGCCUCUUCCCAAGCUUGGGACAAAUCUCUGACCCAUAAAACUGUAACUGGGUAGAUGAAAACUAGAAUUUAGAAAUAAUCCAUCUACCCUUGUGGUGGUAAUCCAGUUCCCAGAAUUCCAUUUUCAGUGUUCUAAAAUGAUUAUUGGCUAAUGAACACAAAUAUUGAUAGGCUCUCAGUAUAUAGAAGGCAUAGAUAAAUCAACCAAAACAUAUUUAUAGAUUGUAUUUGUUUUAUAGAGAAGAAUUCUGGAUAUAGGGAGUUAUUUUCUCCUCUGCAACAUCUUUGCUUCCACAUAUAAGUACUAGAUCAAGUGGGAACAACACAUUUUGACCUUUAAGUUUCAGCAUGUUGUUGUUUCACCACAAUGGACUCCAUGACCUCUUUCCACUGGCCAAGGUCUAUUCUAAUGUAUACUGGUUUCUUUAGUCACCUAAGCAUACUUGUACUUGUCAAAGGAACACUAAUGCAAUACAAAUAUAUUCAUCUUGCUGUGGGUAGGAAGACAAACGCUCUUGUAUGCCCAAGAGGACUAGAAGACUGGACUUUUUGAAAAUGUUUUAGGCAAUUUCCAUUCAUCCAUAUUGGCAUCAGUGUUCCUUUAACAUGCAACUUUUAUUUUUUAUGUAAAAAUAGCGGUCAUCAGAAGUUGUGUCCUGAAUAUAGGGUAUAACUGCAAUGAGAUCUUUCAGUGCUUAUUGUGGGAGAGUAGAUCUUCUCAUUCAAGGCCACUUUCUGAUAUAUUUAUAUAUAUUAUAUAUAUGAAUAUAGUCUUGUUUAGCUUCCUUUUGCGCUCCAUAUGCAACCAGUCUGUCCCUGUGGUGUUUCCUUCCAGUCUGUCUCAGAGUUGUUGAUGUUAGGUAACCAAUAGUUGAGCGAUUUACCGGGAUGGUGUGUUUUGUCUGGUGUUUAAAAGAGAAGCCACCAUAUUCAGUAGAUGGCUUCACUGACAAGCUGUAAUCGAAUUUAUUAUCAAUUGAUCUGAUUCAUCUCUCAAAAAAAAAAAAAUUGUUAAAUAGCGCAUUUGCCUGAAUGCUGGCAAAUAAUCCAUAUUUAAAGCAACAUACUCAAUUGCUGUUUCCUUGUAAUACCUGUUGGUGCAUUUCUGUAAAUGCGACGAAGCCUACGUAAAAGUGUAUUUGUAUUACUAUUGGAGAACUAUCACUAUAGCUUCCGCUCUCGAAUAUCACACACAUUUUGUUGGUUUCGUUUCGCUGGGUGUUUGUGUUUUAAACUCACUAACCCACCAUAAGAGAGCUAACAUGUAGAGCAACAUCUUACUUCUCUGCUUUGGCUUUAGGCUCAGUAUAAGCUAAUAUCCAAGUAUCAGUGAAAAAGUGAUUGUACGCCAGAAAGAGCAUCAGAUAAUAUUUUACUGCACAUGCUCAUACGACCGAAAGCACCUUCUCCACCAGUUGUUAAGCCAUUUCAUAUCGUCUUUAUUUUCACCACCACAAAGGCCGGUCUAGUCUUCAUGUCAUUUAGGGUAUAGAGAUCAUUUGUAGUAGAGUUCAGUGCCUCCUUAGUUUUAUUUUGUUUGUUUGUUUAUUUUUUUUCCUGUGGUUACUUAGUAGGCUAAUUUCAAUAUUUAUUAUUUUCCCGUGCUGCUUUUUUUAUACAUAUAUAAAUAUAAAAAAAUAAAUUAUUGGGAUAUAUCCAAGUAAUUGUGGAUGUAUGUUUGUAUGUCAAGACCGUAAUCCUGUGUACUGUAUGUUGCACCGAUUCUCCUUAUCUGACAGCCACAAAGUAAUUUAUUGCUGUAUAUAAUACUGCUGUGACUGGUUUUGUACCUUUACAAUAAAGAGUUCUCAUUGAAUUCUGA